GAACAAGAAAGCAAACGGAAUGAACAAAGUCUUCCAUCCACCACCAUUGAGCAUUUUCAGGAUGCCGAUAUCAAAGAUUAUAUUUCAAGUGUUCUUGAUGAAAUCGAAUCGGAAUUUCAAUCCUCAUCCAGUAAUAAUACUAGACAAUUAGUGACUUCUGUUCGAGAAGCAACUGAGAAUUUUUUAUUGGAUGCUGGAAUUGAGAAUAGUGCUAUCGAUACAUUUUAUGAUUCUUGUGAAACUUGCUUUAAUGAAAAACUAAAGCACCAAAAUGUCGAAAAGAUUAUUAAUGAUGUUUCAAAGUUGAAUGUGGAGAUUAGUAAAAAUAAUGAGAUCGAAACGAAAAAUUUCGAGGCGAAUAUUUCUUCGAUAUCCAACAAGAUCAGCAGCAAUAAUAAAAAAGAAAACACAAAGAAACCAUCGACUAAACCAUCCGAAAAUUCAAAGAAAUCUAUUUCUUUGGAUCCGAAUGAAAUUUUUGCUUAUUCGCAGCAAUCGAGAUUUCAUACAGAAACCCUUGAAACUUUGUCAAAAGAGGUGGAUUUGAAAGAUGUUAAUAUUACAAUUGGAAAUAAAGAAUUACUGGUAGAUUCGCGCCUGCAAUUAAAGACCGGAAUUCAUUACGGGUUGAUUGGUAGAAAUGGAGUUGGAAAAUCAACGCUUUUAAAAUGUAUCGGAGAUGGUAAUUUAAUCGGUUUCCCCAAAAAUAUUCGAGUUCUCUACAUUGAGCAAUUAGAAAGCAUCAACGAAAAAGAGAAUGUAAUAGAUAUCGUAAUUCGUGCUGAUAAAGAACGAACUCGUCUACUUAACGAAAAAGAAAUUCUUCAGUUUGCAGUCGAGAAACAAAAUGAGCAAAGUGUUAUUGAAAAUGCAGUCAAACGAGUACGAAUGGAAAGGCUGCAACGAAAAUUAGAAUUGGCCGAACAGAUUGCUAUUAAACGAAGUGGUAGACGAGGAAUUGAAGCACGAAAAGAGCUGUUAGAGGCUGAAGCGAAAAUAGAUGAGGCCAAAAAAGCAUUACUGUUAAAUCAAAAUGAUGAAGGGCUGAAUGAAGAUUAUAAUAAAAUUGCACAUGAGCUUUUGGCUGAAAUUUAUGAAAAACUUGAUCAGAUUGGUGCUGAUUCUGCAGAAGCAAGAGCUCAAGAAAUUUUAUCAGGUUUAGGCUUCUCACAUAAACAGCAAUAUUCUCCUUGGACUGCUUUAUCUUCACUUUCUGGUGGUUGGCGUAUGCGCGUAGCAUUAGCUCAAGCGUUAUUUUUGGAACCGGAUAUCUUAUUACUUGACGAACCAACUAAUCAUUUGGAUCUUCCAGCGAUUCUCUGGUUACAAUCAUACUUGAAUACGCUUGUCAACACAACGUUAGUUAUUAUUUCGCAUGAUCGUCACUUCUUAAAUAAGACCGUCACGGAAAUAAUUCGUUUCAAGGAUGCGAAGUUAACUUAUCAUGUCGGUAAUUACGAAGAAUUUGAAGAGAAUUUAAUGAAUGAACGGUUAAUGAAGGAGCGGAUGCUUCAAAGUCAAGAAAAACAAAAGAAACAUAUUGAAGAGAGUAUUCAGAAAGCGCAAAAGAAAGCUCGUGAAAGUGGAAAUGAUAAACAAUUGAGCGUGGUUGCAAGUCGAAAAAAGAAAUUAGAAAGGUUUGGUAUGAAUAGAAGCGAAGCCGGCUUUAGAUUCAAACUUUCACGAGAUCGAAUAGGAUAUUAUAAUUCAGUAAGAGGUGAAAUUACGGUUGAUCGUGCUGAAGCCUCAUUAAAUUGGUCGAUUCCAAGUCCAAUUCCUCUUCGACAAAAUACCUUUUUGGUACAAUUAGAAGAAGUUUCUUACGUAUACCCAAAAACGAAAACUCCGGUAAUUCAAAAUUUCACUCUACACAUCGAGCAAGAAAGCCGAAUUGCGUUCAUCGGAGCAAAUGGCGGCGGCAAAUCAACUCUAAUGGGUCUUUUAGCUGGUAAUCUAACACCAACACGUGGCACAAUCACGCGUAAUCCACGACUAAAACUUGGAUAUUUCGCACAACAUCAUGUUGACGCUCUCGAUCUAAAUAUUUCCGCUGUGCAACUAUUCAUUCAAAAAUACCCGGGGACUUCCGAAGCAACCACACGGGCACAUUUAGGCGGAUUCGGAGUUUCAGGAGACUUGGCUGUUCUUCCGAUUCGACAACUUUCUGGUGGACAAAAGAGUAGAGUCGCAUUUGCGAUACAAGUGUUCGAACGGCCACAUUUACUGUUGUUGGACGAAAUCACUAAUCAUUUGGAUAUGCAUACUAUUGAAGCGGUGGUUGGCGCAUUACACAAGUUUGAAGGUGCUGUGGUGGUGGUUAGUCAUGAUCGAUGGUUUGUUGAGAAUGUGGCGGAUAGAGUGUUUAUAGUAGGAAAAGGACGUGUAAAAGAAUGUGAAGGUGGUGUUGAAGAAUAUACAAAAAUUGUUGCUAAAGAGAUCGGUGUUGAUAUUGACGAUUUUUAA